AUGCUAUGCUGCGCCACCAAACCAAAACAGGACGACAGUGGCAUCUCAGUUGGUGGUGACCUGGAAGACCUGGAAGAAAACGGUCCUACUCCUGAGAAACUGAAACAAUCAGCCAUUUUUAUGGCAGUCGUUAAAACAUUACACAAUCCACAUUAUAGGGAAAAUGCUCCAAAAACAGGGUGA